AUGGCGAACAAUGGGAGCGGUGUAAACAAUCCAUAUACCUCUACACCAAAGCCAAGUGGCGUUAUUCAAUCACCACAGAUGAACGGCUCAUUUUUGCAGGCAGCUUCUACCAUGCAGAGAGACCAGAUGGAUGUUGCCUACAUGGAUUUUAGCAAAGCAUUCGAUGUUGUACAUCACGGUAGAUUGUUGCUGAAACUAGCCCAUUACGGCAUCACGGGCACUACACACUCUUGGAUUAAAGCUUUUCUUGGUAACCGUAGUCAACAGGUUGUAGUAGAUGGGGCAACUUCCACCAUGGCCCCUGUAAUUCCUUGCGUACCCCAGGGAUCAGGUCUUGGGCCUCUUCUGUUUCUGCUCUACAUUAAUGAUCUACCUUCGUCUGUGAAGUCAAACGUCCGCCUAUUUGCGGAUGACUGUGUCAUGUACAGAUCCAUAAAAACUUUGGCUGACACUAAUAGAGAAAGGGUCCGAAAGGCGGCAAGAAUCUCAAAGACGCCAUAUGGUAUCUCGGAGCAAUUCCCGAUGGAGGUGAUGGACACUAGACAGAAACUGAUCCAUAUCACGAAAAAAGCAAGGGAGCAAAAUAAAGAGGCAUUCCUGAAAGUCGACAGGCUUUUCAUAGACGGUCGAGAGUACAAGCCCAGUGCCUAG